AUGCAAAUCCCAACUCUCGUUGAAGCCAUUGCCGGUCGUCAAGAGGGUAGUGUGAGCCCUCCGCUGCUGAAGCUCACCGUGGCGGGUUCCACGGAGGACGUCCCCCCAAUGCUGGACCUCUCCUACGAGGAACUGGGUUACAAGCUGGUAAAUUUCGCGAGGUCUAGAAAUAUAAUUUUAGAGUUUAGGGUCAUCCCGUCCAGUUAUACGGACGGGUUUGCCAACCUAAUCCAACAGCUCCGCGUACAAAAUUUAGUGUAUGCGGAGAGCGGUGAGGCGCUUGUGGUAAAUUGCCACAUGAUGCUUCACUACAUUCCUGAAGAAACAUUGACCCUUCCUUCAAUCAACUCAAAUCCAAAUUUAAGUAGCUGUGGUUCGAGCAGCUCUUAUGGUUAUGAUGUAGCCUCAUCCUCUUCUACGAGUACUAGUUCGUCCCUCAGGACAAUGUUUCUGAAAGCCCUUCGAGGUUUGGAUCCAACUAUUGUGGUUUUGGUGGACGAAGACGCAGAUUUGACAUCAAAUAAUCUAGUUUGUAGAUUGAGGUCGGCCUUCAACUACCUGUGGAUACCUUAUGACACCGUGGACACGUUUCUGCCGCGAGGGAGCAAGCAGAGGCAGUGGUACGAGGCGGAUAUGUGUUGGAAGAUUGAGAACGUGAUAGCGUACGAGGGGUUCCAGAGGGUGGAGAGGGUUGAGCCGAAAUGCAGGUGGGUGCAGCGGAUGAGAAACGCCAACUUCCGAAGCGUUUCGUUUGGGGAAGAUGCGGUUUUGGAAGUGAAGGCCAUGCUUGAUGAGCAUGCAGCUGGCUGGGGGUUGAAGAGAGAGGAAGAAGAUGUUGUGCUUACAUGGAAAGGUCACAAUGUUGUGUUUGCCACUGCUUGGAUGCCUGCUUGA